AUGAUAGCUCUACUUACAGACUUCUCGACGUCCCCGUAUCUUCUGCCAUGCGUCCUGGCGACGCUGGCCAUCGUGCUGGUUGCAACCCUGUACAAUGACAUCUCAGACGAGCUCCCCUACCGGCGGUUCCCCUUGGUGGGAAAGGGUCGAUGGGAAAUAACGAAUCGAAAGGCUAAAAAUCGCUUUCUCACCUCCGCCAGGGAGCUCAUCUCCCAGGGCUUUAGUCAGGGUGUUCGCGUGUUCCAGCUCAGAACUCCCCUUGGCCCCCUCUUGGUGCUCCAUCCUCAGUACGUCAACGAACUGAAGAGCCAUACUCAUGUCAGCUUCACAAAGGCGAUGCAAAAGUUGUUCUUGUAUGGCAAGUAUCGUGGUCUGGCGAGCUUUGGACAAGGCGACCAGCAAGACAUCUUCCAGACACUGGUCCAGGGCAAGCUCACUCAGUCGCUUGGUCAAGUCACUCUCCCACUGUCCAAGGAGACGGCAGCGCUUCUCCGGGAAACGUUUCCUUAUUCCGAAGAAUGGAAACCGUACGUCUUUGCCCAGACCGCUCCGUAUAUGGUUGCCCGUCUCUCGUCCUUGGUCUUCCUGGGCGACAAGAUCUGCCGCGAUAAGGAAUGGCUGGACGUGUCGGUCAACUAUGCCCUCGACGCCUUCAGCGCUGUUCGCGCCCUCCGGCUCUGGCCGUCGAUCCUGCGUCCCUUUGUGCAAUGGUUUCUCCCGGAAACCCGCAGGGCGCAGAAGCAUCUGACCGUCGCCCGCAGGAUUAUCCAGCGAGAGAUCGAGCAGAGAAGGCGAGAGGAGGCUCUCGGACACAAACGCUCCUCUUCAGACGCGCUCGACUGGGCCCGCGAGGUUGCCGCCGGGCGUCCUUUCGAUGAAACGCUCGGCCAGAUCGGUCUGUCGGUGGCAGCCAUCCAUACCACGUCGCAGCUGCUCACAAACAUAAUCUAUGACCUCGCUGCGUAUCCGGAAUAUGUCGCCCCGUUGAGGGAGGAGAUCAAAACCGUGCUGCAGCAAGAGAACGGCUGGAAGGCCAGCGCGCUGACCAAGAUGAAACUGCUCGACAGUGUGAUGAAAGAGACGCAACGAUUGAACCCGGCGGGUAUAACCCCCCUCAACCGUCUCGUAAUGAAGGACAUCACCCUCUCCGACGGGACGGUCUUGCCCAAAGGCGCCUCGGUGGCCAUCUCCUCACAUCCCGUCAUGACGGACGCCUCGAUCUACGAAGACCCGGAGAGGUAUGACGGGCGUCGGUUCUGGCGCAAACGCCAGGAACCCGGGAACGAGCAUCGGUACCAAUUCGUGACGACCAGUCCGGAGCAUCUCGGCUUUGGCCACGGACAGCACGCGUGCCCCGGGCGGUUCUUUGCCGCCAACGAGAUCAAGAUCGUGCUUGCGCACCUGCUCAUGAAGUACGACUGGACGUUUGCCGACAAGGAUCGCGGACGGCCCAAGACGUUGACAAUCGGGACGGAGAACAUCGUCGAUCCGACGGUUGUGUUGCUCUUCAAGUCCCGGAAGCCGGAGAUUGACUUGUUUGAGUAG